AUGUCCACUAAAGAGUCGGGUCUUAUAGACGUUGGAUAUCCUAUAUAUGGGGCAAAAUUCGUUAACAAUAAGACCAUAAUUGUUACCGGAGGAGGUGGAGAAGGUAACAACGGUAUUCCUAAUAAGAUCACGGCUGUCAAAUGCAGUUUGAAGAUAUCGGAUAAGACUAAAAGAUUACAGAAGUUCCGUGAGAUUGUAUUGCCUAAGAAUGAAGAUUCGCCAAUGUGUUUGGAUAUUGCUAAGGAUUCGGCAGACAACGAGGACAAUUUUUCGGUUUUUGUUGGGUGUAAUCAAUCGACGCAGUUGUUGAAGUCGAUGAAUAUCAAUAAUAACUUGCGGAAGUAUGUGUUUACUAGUGAGGAGCACCUAAGAUUUGUAGACGCAGCUCAAUUGGAGGAGGAUAUUAGUGGCGAAGGGGUAGGAGAAUAUCCCAAGAUCGUCUGUUUGUCAUCUCAUAACUCGGUGGGUUGUUUGAUGACAUCCAGAAACCCCUCUGUCAUAUACAUCUUCAAUCCAGACUUAUUAGAGCUUAACUUCAAAUUUAGACCUGAAAGGGAUGUCGAUAUCUUGGACUUUCACUUGAGCCCAGGUGACGAUGGAAAAACGUUAUGCUACAUAACGGCGUCAUCCAUCGAGACCGUAUCAACAGUCACAGGAAAUACAAUAUCAUCUGCCAAUUCAGUAUCCAAUAAAGCAUUAGCUAAAUAUAAUCUUUCGAAGGUCAGAUUCAUUGACGAUUCGAAUAUCAUUUUGACUGCCAGCUUGAAAAAUGGCAAGGGUGUAUCAAUCUUCCAGUAUUCCAUUCCUGAUAAGAAAAUUAUCAAGCAGCGUGAUGUCUCUACUAAAAUAAAAGGUAUAACUGCAAUGGAUAUCUCUCUCUCGCAAGGCCUUGUGGCGUUAGCAGGGAAUGAUACUUCUAUUACGGUUCUUAGAUUGUCAGAUUUUAAAACUAUCAAAACUUUCACCAAGUUGCACAGCUUUGCGAUAACAAAAGUUGCGUUUUCUCCAAGUGGAACAAAACUCGCAUCGGUGAGUGCAGCCAAUACACUUCACGUUAUGAAAAUUCCCUCUAAUUAUUCAAAUGGUAAGUCUAUUAUUGGCACCCUAGUUAAUUACAUUUUUAUGGCAGUUAUUGCUUGUUUAGUUGCAGUCUUCUUACAAAAGUGUUAUGAAAAUGGCCAAUUGGAACAGCUUUAUGACUUAUCUAGUCAUUAUGGUCAAGUAGGCUUUAAGCUUGCCAAUGAAUAUGGAGUUGCAGGUUACCAAUUCGUUAAAGAGAAGAUACGAGGCGAAAAUGUCGAUGGUGACGAUACCACAAAGCAAUACUUUAAAAUGGACGAAUGGGAUGAAAAUGAGACUUCUCAGUCGACUAAAGUUUCUCUCACAAGUCUCGUAGAAACAUAUUCUACAGAAACCACUGAAAUUGCAUCAACUAUCGUACAAACUGAUAUUUCUUCUUCUGGUGAUAACAUAGAUAUUAGAGAUAUUACUAAGGAUAUUGAUGAAAUAACAAAAGGUAACGAUAUUAACACCGAAACAUUUUUUAAUGAUACAAAUAAUUACAUUGAACAAUCUACCAUCAUUAAUGCCCCAAAUGCUUCUAUGGGGAACAUUAUUGAGUCUACGGUUAUUGAGACAACUGAAUUGAAAGCUGCUGAAACUAAUCCUAUGACUGAGGAUGAUGAAACUGAAAUAUCCAAUGUUGCUACCGAAACUAACUCUAUUUUGACUGAAACCCUAGAUGCAUCUGAGGAAGAAAUACAAAAUAAUGUUACUCGUGAAGGCAAAGAUGCAGGUGAAGACUUAGUAACAGAUACUAACGAUAUCACGGAAGAUGAAGAAAAUGAAUUGGUUACGACUUCCGAAGCAGAAUUGAAAGCCGAUAUCGUUUCUGAUAAUGACGAUGGUUUUGAUGAGCCUAGCUCAGUUGAAUCUGAUAAAGAAGUAACUGUUGAUGAUGUUGAGUUAAAC